GAGGAGACAUGUAACAUAUCUCAGCCACUUAGGCGGUGUUGAUUAAAUACCCCACAAUCCUUCUUAGGUAAUUGCUCAAAUGCUCAGACACUUGUGAUGGAAUGCUCCAUCACCGUACUUCAGCUUUGUUACAGCACAACAAAAAAGUAAUCAUCCAGUAUGACCAGGUUCUAUGGUGUCCACACUUCCCUAUACACCUCUCUCUCGGUCGAGCAUGUGAACGACCUUGAGCAUGCAAUAUACUGUACAAUCACUGGGCAAUAUGCGGCUGCACGCUCUAUGUUCGAGAGCAGGCUUUCAAGUGUGAAGGUCGUCCCUGUCGUUUCAGUCGAGCGCGCCGAGCUGGCCUAUCGACAAGGGCGCUACAAGGAGAUUUGGGAAACGCUGGAGGAGGUUCUUCCAGAUGUUGCCAACGAAGGGACUGUGCAUGAAAUGGAGGAUGCUCCAUAUCGCUUGAUGAGGAUCUUCCAUGCCCUAGCCGCGAUCAGGUACAAGGGAACAGUUGAGCUCGCCAAAGGCGAGAUCCUGCGCGUUCGCAAAUGGCUGGCAGACACGCCGAUUGAUAGUUACACUGAUGUCCAGGCGAGCAUUGUCAGGAAAUAUUCCCAAACUUCCUACCUUGUCAGCAUAUACGCCAACAACAACGAGUUUGACGCGUCUCUUAUUCCCAUCUCGGACACACGAAACGUUCCAUGGCAAGGCCUGACGGAACUAAGGGUCUCACUUCUGCAGAAAGCUAUGGCCUUCGAGGCGCUUGCCUUAUUGAAAGUGGAGAGACUCCGCAUCCCAUACAGCGAGCGCAUUGCGGCUAUAUCAUCCUUCAUCUCUGGUCUGCAUUCUUGUCACAAUUUGAAUGGCCCUCAGCUUCUGUGGAUUGAGCUGGAGCUUUCUUUUAUGCUCGCAAUGACACACCAAGAACUUGAGGACUAUUCUAAAGCGAAAGAGGAGCUCGCCGGAAUGGAGCGUCUUUUGGAUAAGUGGUGCGAGAUGACGCAAUUCCCUCACAAACAGACGUUGGCCCCUCAUAUCAGCCUCAGAUAUGCCCAAAUCGAGCUCCUGGAUGACAGCGACCACCGCAGUCGUUAUAGGCAGAGUCUAAUGCUGCUCAAGGACGCGGAAGCUUGCGGGCAUUACAGAACAUCCUGGUGCAUGUACAUUGCUGCGGGCGCAGCGCGGGAAAUUGCGCUUCUUGAGGAUAGCUCGGAAAUGUACCAAUCAUUUCUAGACCUCCAUAAGAGAGAAGAGGUCUAUGAAGAAACUGUUUUGGGAGAUCUUCCCGACUUACUACUUGGAAAACACAAGGUUCUCUCGGAGGCAGGGAGGAAUUCUGUUCAUCUACGAAAAGCAGUCGAGUGGAUCGACGGAUUUUUGGAGGCAUAUCCCUCCUUCUCCCUACCUGGUGUUUUACGAAACCUGCAUCAGUGGCGGCUACUCUUCCUUAUGAUGCUCAGAGAACCAGAGGAAGUUGCUCGGUCAGAGCAGGCCCUGGAGAGCCUAAAACAUCUGGUGCCAGCCUUACGAGGACCAUUGAUUGGAGUCAGGCCGACAGAAUCUCAGUCGGCCUGUUCGGCAAAUGAAGGCGAGAAUAACGACCCUGGAUCAUGGGAAGAGCCUAAGAUUGGCAGCCUGCAAGAAGAGAACUUCUGGGUUGUUUGGGAGGACACGCAUAUGGACCGCGUUAAGCAGUGUGGGACAGCGAUGACCUUGUUGUCACAGUGGAUGAUACAAGACAUGCAGGAGGGUAUGUUGUCCCUUACCCAUGCAAUGGACAUAUUUGGGGUCCGCGAGGAAGAAAGGCAAUCUAUUAUCGACGAGGGUAUUAUGGCCGCCAUACGAAGUCUUGGUCUGCAAACAUAUGAAGCACUGUUCACGAUGCUGUAUUUCCAACCGCCGAACACUCAGGAAACGGCUUCGCCGGGUUAUACCCCAGCAAAACCUGUCAAGCAAGGUGUCAGCCAACAGACCACACCUAAUGGGUUAGGCCCGGUGACUGCAGAAACCUGGGGAAAUUGUGUGGUUGCUUUCACCAGGUGGCUUAAAACAUCAUCCCAAUCAACUGUGACAGGCCGGCAGAGUCUACUUCUUAUGCUGCAGGAUAUAAGGAUUUGGAGUCUAGAGCAUGGAAAUUUCCAUGACUGGGUUGUGGCUGAAUGCGAGCGGGCCCUCAACAUGAUGGAAGGGCUACACAAACCAGUCAGGCGUUACUUCGCUUCACAUCGUCUCGCAUAUCAAAAUCAAGUUGCAGACACCUGCCUGAACUUGUGCCUUUCAUCGCAGGAGGCACUCAUGGACGGACAAUGGGAAUACGUCGAAAAGGCGGAACGGUAUUACGCUCUAUCGCUCGAUGGAUAUUUGCGGGAGAACAUGUCGGACGACGUCGCGCUCUGCCAGCGCAGCAUGGCCCGGGUGUACCUCGUAAAGCUCCAUAAGGCAAUCCGGAAACGCGAAGAUGACCCAUUGCUCACGGAGCUCAGGGACACUGGCCUCGGCUUUCUCGAAAAAGCUGAUGAGUACUUUGACCGGGAGGAGCUGGAAGCCUCGUGGUCAGCCGGACUCAAAGGUUUUAUCGGCCGUCAACGCAUAGCCAAAUCCAAUGAUCCAUCACUGACUGCGCAGGUAGCACUUAGCCUUAUCAUGGAAAGAAGCUCAAAUAUCGAUGAAUGUGAACGAUCAAUGAUGUGGGAGUGGGUCCAAAAGGCUAAAGGGCAAUCCCUUGCGAGCACUAUAGGGUUGAGUAGGGCAGACCCUUCUUCUAUGGUCAGUAGUCUGGAGAAGUCGAACCUUCUUUCCGGUCUGUAUUUCCGCUUGUGUGAGAUGCGCUCCAAAAUCACAAAAACGAAACCCUGCGAGAGGUAUCAUCUUCGACUUGAACUUGAUCAACAUGUCAAGAAGAUGAAGAAGCACGAUCCGCUGAAGCGUCUCCUCGACUCACGAGAGGGCAAACACCUCUCGUCUGACGACCUAGAGGAGAUAUCUGAAGGUACGGACACCGCUGUUGUGUUUGUCGACUGGUUUUAUCUUCCAGGAUUCCAUGAAGGCAUGAGACCUUGUCUUCUAUUGUUUACCAGAAGAGCUGGAUCAGUUCCAACGGUGGAUCAAUUGACCACGACACCAGAGGAAGUCUUCGACUGGAUUACGAAAUUCAUCGACAAGAAGGAACCAUUGGACGAAUCCAUUUCAUCCCGACCUGCUCUUCAGGAUGAAGCGGCUCGAACAGAGUGUAUCCGGAAAAUCUCGAGCCUUGUCGAGCCUUUGCAAAGAAGGACUAAGCCGGGAGACUUAUUGGUUCUCUGUCCAACAGACGUCCUCCAUCGAAUACCUUUACAUGCCUUGAAUGUCAAACAGGUUGUUGAUGGGCAAGCAACUGACAUAUCACUCAUCCACCGCAACCCCGUGGUCUACAUACACAGUCACUCACUCCUCCGGCCCUGCUUUUGGGCUAGCAAAGCUGUCGUCGAGUCAGGGAUUGGUAUCAAUCCCUUUUUUAUGAAUGGUGCUAGUUACCAACAAGGGGAGCUACAGCCGACCCACAAGGCUGGCCAUGAGAUGAUCUUAUCCCUGAGCAAGCAGUACAGCAACAUGCCCGCACUUCAUUCUGCCAAUGCAACCAAAGCCAAAUUCUUGGAUAAUUUGCGCAAAACUCGCAUGGUUCAUUUGCAGUCUCACUGCGAGUGGGAGAGUGCAGACCCGUUGAAGCACUGCAUCACCUUUCCUCGUCCUGCUCUGCAAUAUCUGUCGAAAAACCCCGCAAAAGAUGAAGUAUCCUUCGACGGAGACUCCUAUGCAUUGACCGCUCGAGAAGCCUUCUCUCUACAAGAUACAUUGCAGUUAGGCACCCAUCUCAAUCUCCUCGUCUGCUCCGGCGCCGCUGCCUUCAUUACCUCUGGUGACGAGCCGUUCGGGCUUAUUCCGGCGCUACUCUACUCAGGUGCGGCGUCUACUGUGUCAACUCUGUGGGCCAUGGAUGACGAGUAUGCUGCAAACUUUAGCAAAGCUUUCUUUCAAGCUUUUGGAAAGGAAUGUAGAAAGAUAGGAUUUGGGGCUUCAACAGCCGCAAAGUGCAAAGAGCGAGGCGGGUGGGUUAACAUUGCAAAAGUGGUACAGCGCUCUAUAAAGAGCUUAGACAAAAAUGGGAGCGAGCCAUUAGCGGUGUGGUCUGGCUUUGUAAUGCACGGGUUCUGGAUGAUGUGGGUGGGGGCAGAGGAAGGCAGGAGGUUUUGCACAAAGCUUCCAGAAAUAUAGGGCGAGAGCCAAACAGGUUGCAACAAAGGAACACCAGUCGCAUCGUGGAAAAAGCAAAGAGGACGCGUCACCUCAUAUUCCGGGGCGACACAAGGUGAGGGGUCAGUGUUUUCAUGGGAGCUUUGAACUUGAAGAUGUGGUUGAUGAAGUUUCAAGCUACCGCAAUGAAUUAGGGCGGAAAGAUCUGAUCUCGCCUUGCUCGCUGUCUGAGAUGUAAGACUGUGUCCGUUGAUGAACUCCAAGGCGCUGUUUCAGCCAAACUUGUGAUGCCUGCCACCUAUCGUAGGUGAACUCGCACAUGGGGAAUGACAACUUCACUCAUCGUCAUAUUUCUUGCAAUGAUUUUCAAUUCGGUGGCCAGAUAAAUUCCCUUCCUGCUGUCCAAUAUGAUAG